AUGAAAUUCCAGUAUAAGGAGGACCAUCCCUUCGAAUAUCGGAAAAAGGAAGGCGAAAAGAUCCGGAAGAAAUACCCGGACAGGGUCCCUGUGAUUGUGGAGAAGGCUCCUAAAGCCAGGGUGCCGGAUCUGGACAAGAGGAAGUACCUUGUGCCCUCUGACCUCACGGUUGGCCAGUUCUAUUUCUUAAUCCGGAAGAGGAUCCACCUGCGACCUGAGGACGCCUUAUUCUUCUUUGUCAACAACACUAUCCCUCCCACUAGUGCUACCAUGGGCCAGCUGUAUGAGGACAACCACGAGGAAGACUAUUUUCUGUAUGUGGCUUACAGCGAUGAGAGUGUCUAUGGGAAAUGAGUAGUGGAAGCCCAGCAGAUGGGAGCACCUGGACUUGGGGGUUAGAGGGAGGGGUGUGUGGGGGACUUGAGGGAAGAG